CACUCCCGGCCCCGCCGCCCCGCGCCCCGCCGCCCGCCCGGCGCGCUCCACUCCUGGGAAGGGCGGGGAGGAGGGGACGCGGGCCCCCGGGAGUUGGAGGGGCCGACCAUCGCGGGGGCUCUCGGCCCGGCCCCCCUCUUUCCCAAAAGCACCCGCAGCCACGCGGGCCGAGGAGCCGUCCGCCUCGCCCCGGCCUCCCGUCGCCGGCCCGAGCGCGCGCGGGGAGCUCGGAUGUCCGGUUUCCUGUGAGGCCGGGCCCCGACGCCGCCCCGCUCGCCGGCUCAGGCGGGGACCGCGCCGCGCGCCGUGGGGAUCGCCGCCUGCGGCUCGCCCUCGGGGCUCAGCGCGGGGCUGUCGGGGGGCCGCCGCGCCCCGGCCGGGCCACCAUGCGCCGGCUGCGCGCCCUGAGCCUGGCGUGCUCCCUGCUCGCCGCCGCGCUGCUCCCGGGUCCGCGCCGCGCGCCCGCCGCCGCCGCCGCCUUCGAGUCGGGACUCGGCUUCUCGGACGUGGAGCCGGACGCGGGCGAGGCCAAGGCGUAUGCGGGCAAAGACCUGGAGGAGCAGCUGCGGGCGGUGUCCAGCGUGGACGAGCUCAUGAGCGUGCUCUACCCGGAAUACUGGAAAAUGUACAAGUGCCAGCUGCGGAAAGGCGGCUGGCAGCAAGACCACGACCAGCCCGGCGUCGGCCCGAGGACGGAAGACACUGUAAAAUUUGCCGCGGCGCAUUAUAACGCGGAGAUCUUGAAAAGUAUUGAUAAUGAGUGGAGAAAGACUCAAUGCAUGCCACGUGAGGUGUGUGUAGAUGUGGGGAAGGAGUUUGGAGCAGCCACAAACACCUUCUUUAAACCUCCAUGUGUGUCCGUCUACAGAUGUGGGGGCUGCUGCAACAGCGAGGGGCUUCAGUGCAUGAACACCAGCACGGGCUACCUCAGCAAGACGUUGUUUGAAAUUACAGUGCCUCUCUCUCAAGGCCCCAAACCAGUCACAGUCAGUUUUGCUAAUCACACUUCCUGCCGGUGCAUGUCCAAGCUGGAUGUUUACAGACAAGUCCACUCAAUUAUUAGACGCUCCCUGCCAGCAACACUGCCACAGUGCCAGGCUGCCAACAAGACCUGCCCCGCCAACCACACGUGGAACAGCCACAUCUGCAGGUGCCUCGCUCAGCAGGAUUUCAUGUUCGCCUCCGCCGCUGGAGACGAUGCGGCCGAUGGAUUCCACGACGUCUGUGGCCCCAACAAGGAGCUGGAUGAAGAGACGUGUCAGUGCGUCUGCAAAGGGGGGCUGCGGCCGGCCAGCUGCGGGCCCCACAAGGAGCUGGACAGAGACUCGUGCCAGUGCGUCUGCAAAAACAAACUCUUGCCCAGCUCGUGCGGGCCCCACAGGGAGUUCGACGAGAGCACGUGCCAGUGCGUGUGCAGAAGGGCCUGCCCGAGAAGCCAGCCCCUCAACCCAGCCAAGUGCGCCUGUGAAUGUACAGAAAACCCCCAGAAGUGCUUCCUCAGAGGGAAGAAGUUUCAACCUCAGACAUGCAGCUGUUACAGACGGCCGUGCACCAACCGGCUGAGGCCCUGUGAGCCGGGCCUGGCGUUCAGCGAGGAGGUGUGCCGCUGUGUGCCCGCCUACUGGAAGAGGCCGCACGGGAACUGAGCCGGACUGCUCCCCGGCGCCCCGCUUCUGCCGUGGAAGACUGUGCUCCCCCUUUAAGACUGUCUGUGGACAGAGCGGCGUGUAUGGGGCCGCGGUGACAGGGACAGCGGUCGGUGGGUGUUUCCCGAGCCACGUGGAUAACGUCACGGAAACGGGCCCCAGCUCAUCUGCAAAGACCUCUCAGAAACACUGGUUUUCUGCCAAGGACCGAAUAGCCGAGGUUUUCCUGUUGUGAUUUAAAAAAAAAAAAAAAUGACUAUAUAAUUUAUUUCCACUAAAAAGAUUGUUUCUGCAUUCAUGUUUAUAGCAAUAACAAUUGGUAAAGCUCACUGUGAUCAAUAUUUUUAUAUCAUGCAAAAUACGUUUAAAAUAAAAUGAGAAUUGUAUUAUAAACU